CUGAUCACCCUCGGCUUAUUCCUUCCCCCGAGACAUCAUGUAGGUAUGCAUGUACAAUACAUAAACUGGUGACGGUAAACCUCGGCAUAGCGGCUAUAAGCGGUAUCCGCCCCAAAGCUUCCCUCGUUUCCCGACGUCAGCUCCCUCAGCUUUCCCUCAGCUUUCCCUCAGCUUCCCCGUCUUUCAACAUUCCUCGUUAGCUCCCCUAUGUAGUUUCUUUUCUACAUAACGCCUGUUUGCAGCAGCAUGUAGUAGAACGCACACUUUGGCCAAGAUGUCUAUACCAAGAUGUUCGAGGGAUCUUCUAGGCUUCUCACGCCAAUUGACCCGACAAUGUACACGAUACCCCCGCCGAGCCCCUCAUGUUCGUCUGUCCGCUCGAGCAGUCGCGUCUUAUACGGCCCCGUAUCAAGCGAACGCCAUUUCCGUAAUACAGACCAAUGUAGACUCGACCUCGGACGAGUUCAAGGAGAACGAGCGGCUUAUGAACGAAGCCAUGGCCCGCCUAGAGCAGCUGACACGCUCGGCACAGCAGGGCGGCCCCGCGAAAGCAAGGGAUAAACACAUAGCGAGGAAGAAGAUGUUACCACGGGACCGAGUUACGGCGUUGGUAGAUCCCGGGACGACGUUCAUGGAAUUGUCGCCCCUGGCUGGUCACGAGCUCUACCCGGAGGCAGACGUACCCGCGGGAGGUAUUAUUACUGGGAUUGGUGUCGUAGAGAGUGUUACAUGUAUGAUUGUUGCCAACGACAGCACGGUGAAGGGCGGUACUUAUUACCCAAUCACUGUGAAGAAGCAUCUAAGAGCCCAGGCCGUAGCCCAGGAGAAUAAAUUACCUUGCAUAUAUCUGGUGGAUUCUGGCGGUGCAAACCUCCCUCAUCAGUCAGAUGUCUUCCCAGAUAGAGACCAUUUUGGUCGUAUCUUCUACAACCAGGCGAGGAUGAGCUCUCAAGGAAUUCCUCAGGUCUCUGUGGUUAUGGGUCUAUGUACAGCAGGUGGUGCCUACGUCCCUGCUAUGAGUGACGAGAACAUCAUUGUAGAGGGACAAGGUCAUAUCUUUCUAGCCGGUCCGCCUCUCGUCAAGGCCGCUACGGGCGAAGAAGUAUCAGCCGAAGAACUUGGCGGUGGCGCUAUGCACACCUCCGUAUCCGGCGUGUCGGACUAUCUAGCCGUAGACGACGCACAUGCCAUUGUGCUCGCCAGGAGAUGUAUCAGCAACCUGAACUGGCCGCACAAGGCCGUCCCAUCUCAAACAAGCUAUUCCGAACCCCUAUACCCAGCUUCAGAACUCCUCGGUAUAGCGUCGACGAACCUACGGAAACCGUUGCCUAUCCACGAAGUUAUCGCACGAAUCGUCGACGGCUCGCACUUUGCCGAGUUCAAGCGCGACUACGGCACCACCCUGGUCACGGGCUUCGCGAGCAUCUACGGACACCACGUCGGCAUCGUGGCCAACAACGGAAUCUUAUUCGGGACAUCGGCGCAGAAGGGCGCCCACUUCAUCGAGCUAUGUGCGCAACGCGGUAUUCCGCUAGUCUUCCUGCAGAACAUCAGCGGGUUCAUGGUCGGCGCGCAGGCGGAACGAGACGGGAUCGCUAAGCACGGCGCUAAGCUAGUGACGGCGGUCGCGUGCGCUGAUGUUCCCAAGUUUACGGUCGUCGUGGGUGGGAGCUACGGCGCUGGAAACUACGGCAUGUGCGGGCGGGCGUAUAGUCCGCGAUUCUUGUGGAUGUGGCCUAACGCACGAAUCGGGGUUAUGGGCGGAGAGCAGCUUGCUAACGUCAUGGAGACGGUGGGCCAGAAGUCAGAUCCGGAGCUGAGGGACCGGAUCGAGCGUGAGAGCGAUGCUGUGUAUUCCUCGGCGAGGCUAUGGGACGAUGGUGUUAUUCCGCCGCAGCACACGCGGCGCUACCUUGGAUUGGGAUUGAGAGCCGCACUGUCGGGUAGGAACGAUGUCCAGCCCGGUGAUACCAGAUUUGGGGUCUUCCGGAUGUAACGAACACACCCGACGAACUGAAUUUACGCGCUGUUCAGAGGUAGGGA